AUGGCGCCACGGACAGCAAAAGGCAAGAAGCCACAAGACUCGGGGAGAACCCUGAAGCGCAAGCGUGGUGAAGAUGAGAUCUCAUCCCUUGUCAAGCGAGUCGAAGAGCUCGACCUCAAAGCCUCCAUCAAAUCCUUCUCCGAUCUUCCUCUCUCCGAACCAACAGCCGCUGGACUGUCAGCCUCUCACUUCAAGACCCUCACCGACAUCCAGUCCCGUGCUAUCAGCCAUGCGCUCAAGGGUCGCGAUAUCCUCGGUGCCGCCAAGACCGGUAGCGGAAAGACCCUCGCGUUCCUCGUCCCCAUCCUCGAGAACCUCUAUCGCAGGCAAUGGACCGAAUUGGAUGGCCUCGGUGCCUUGAUUCUGUCGCCGACGCGCGAGUUGGCUAUCCAGAUUUUUGAGGUCCUCCGUAAGGUCGGCCGUAACCAUGCUUUCUCAGCUGGUCUGAUCAUCGGUGGAAAGAGUUUGCGCGAGGAACAGGACCGAUUGGGACGCAUGAACAUUCUGGUUUGCACGCCAGGUCGUAUGCUGCAACAUCUGGAUCAGACUGCUAUGUUCGAGACGAAUAACCUGCAGAUGCUGGUGCUGGACGAAGCCGAUCGUAUCAUGGACAUGGGUUUCCAGAAGACCGUGGAUGCGAUUAUCGACCAUCUCCCUACCAAGCGCCAGACUAUGUUGUUCAGUGCUACACAGACCAAGAAGGUCGGUGAUUUGGCUCGUCUGAGUUUGCAGGAGCCCGAGUAUGUCUCGGUUCACGAAUCUGCUGCUGCUGCCACCCCGUCGACUCUACAACAACACUACACCGUUACUCCCCUGCCUCAGAAACUCGAUACCCUCUGGAGUUUCAUUCGCAGCAAUCUCAAAUCCAAGACCGUGGUCUUUUUGUCUUCUGGCAAGCAAGUUCGUUAUGUUUACGAGGCCUUGCGGCACCUGCAGCCUGGUAUUUCUCUUAUGCAUUUGCACGGACGUCAGAAGCAGGGUGGUCGGUUAGAUAUUACUACCAAGUUCUCCCAGGCCCAGCACGCAGUCCUCUUCGCUACUGAUGUUGCUGCUCGUGGUCUGGAUUUCCCAGCAGUUGACUGGGUUAUCCAGAUGGACUGUCCCGAAGACGCUGAUACCUACAUUCACCGUGUCGGACGUACAGCCCGAUAUGAGCGUAUCGGUCGUGCUGUGCUAUUCCUGGAUCCCAGUGAGGAGCAGGGCUUCCUCAAGCAACUUGAGCACAAGAAGGUCCCCAUUGAGAAGAUCAACAUCAAGGCCAACAAGCAACAGAGUGUCAAGAAUCAACUGCAAAACAUGUGUUUCAAGGACCCAGAGCUGAAGUACCUGGGCCAAAAGGCUUUCAUCUCCUACGUCAAGUCGAUCUACGUUCAAAAAGACAAGGAGACCUUCAAGAUCAAGGAGCUCCCCUUGGAAGAAUAUGCAGGCAGUUUGGGUCUUCCUGGUGCUCCCCGUAUCAAGUUCAUCAAGGGUGACGAUGCGAAGGAGCGCAAGAACGAGUCCUGGAGAAUGGCCCAUAUGUCCGACGACUCGGACGCCGAAGGCAAGAAGGACCAGAAAGAAGAGGUGCGCACACGUUACGACCGUAUGUUCGAGCGACGAAACCAGGGUGUCCUGGCGGAACAUUACUCCAAACUUAUCAACGACGACGGCACCAUGGUGGCCACAGGCGCGAAGGAACAUGCUGCGGACGAAGAUGCCGACGAGGAUGCCGACUUCCUCUCCGUCAAGCGCCGCUUUGCUGCCGGCGACGAAACCCUCGGUCAAGGUGCCUCUUCCGAAUCUGGCUCCGACAGGUCCGAGUCUGAAUCCGAGGAGAUCCCCAAGGGUGCCAAGGUGGUGCAUUUGGAAGGCCAGGACCCACUUAUCAUCGACUCCAAGCGCCGCGAGAAACUCCUCAAAUCCAAAAAGAAGAUGCUCAAGUUCAAGGGCAAGGGUACGAAGCUGGUCUACGACGACGAGGGCAACGCCCACGAAGUCUACGAAAUGGAAGACGAAGAACAAUUCAAGGCCCGCGGCGACGCCAAGUCCCAACGCGAGAAGUUCCUUGCAGGCGAGACGGAGCGUGUCCGCGAAGCCGAUAUCGAGGACAAGGAGGUCAUGCGCGAAAAGCGUCGCGAGAAGAAGGAGAAGCGCAAGGCCCGCGAGCGUGCCGAAGCCGAAGCCGAGGCUGCCUCAGACGACGAGGAAGGUGGUGUCAGUCUCUCGCAUCUUCCUCAUGUUCCUUUCGAGAUUCCUGGCGACUCGGAUUCUGGCUCUGCUUCCGAGGAGGAGAAGCCCCGUCCCAGCAAGAAGCAGCGUGUCUCUUUUGCCAAGUCGGACAGCGACAGCGACAGCGGCAAGCCGGCCAAGAAGAGCAAAAAGAGCCAAGAGCCCAAGUCUAUCGAGACUUUGGGAGACCUCGAGGCUUUGGCCAGUGGUCUUUUGGGUUGA